AUGUUGCCUAAGAACUACCAGCUGAUCCUUGCCUUUGCAUUUGCUAUUCAUGAGAUCAACCAGAAUGACAAAUUGUUGCCCAACAUCACAUUGGGAUCAGAAAUCUAUGACAAUAUAUUUAGUGCAAUGAAAGCCACUGGGAACACUCUGCAUCUUCUCUUCACGGCACAAAGGGACCCCUUCAAUUACAACUGUUUCCAGAGGCAGAAAGUCAUGGCCAUCAUUGGUGAUAUCAACUCUGAGACUUCUAUCCAGGUGUCGAAUAUCUUAAAUAUCUACAAAAUCCCACAGCUGGAUUAUGGAUCUUUUGAUCCCAUCUUCAGUGAUAAAACUCAGUUUCCCUCUUUCUUUCGGAUGGUGCCAGAUGAAAUCUUUGAGUAUCCUGGGAUUGUUCAGCUGCUGCAGUAUUUUGGUUGGAAUUGGGUAGACCUCAUUGUUCCCGAGGAUGCAAGUGAAUGCGUCAAGUGCCAAGAGGAUCACUACCCAAAUAGGAAACAAGACCAAUGCCUUCCUAAGAGAACCACUUCUUUAUAUUAUACAGAACCUCUGGGAGCAAUUUUGGCUUCCUGCGCCCUUGUUUUUUCAGUAAUCACAAUUCUGGUGAUGGGGACUUUCAUUCGUUACUGGAACACUCCCAUUGUCAAAGCCAACAACUGGACCAUCACUUGUAUUCUCCUUGUCUCUCUGUUGCUCUGUUUUCUGUGCUCUUUUCUUUUCCUUGGCACACCGGGAAAAGUUUCUUGCCUUCUCCGGCAAACCGUCUUUGGCAUUGUCUUUUGUAUAGCAGUUUCUUGCAUGUUGGCCAAGACCAUCACUGUGGUGCUGGCCUUCAUGGCCACAAAGCCAAGGAACCAGAUGAAGAAAUGGAUUGGGAAGAAGCUGGCAAUAUUGGUGAUCGUCUUUUGUGCUUUUAUUCAAGCUGGUCUCUGCACAGUGUGGUUGUCCACCUCUGCACCAUUUCCAGAGUUUGACAUGCGCUCCCAGCUUGCAGAGAUCGUCUUGCAAUGCAACGAAGGCUCCGACACCAUGUUCUACCUUGUCCUGGGUUACAUGGGGCUGCUGUCCUUCAUUAGCUUCACUGUUGCUUUCUUUGCUAGGAAGCUGCCCAGCAGUUUCAAUGAAGCCAAGCUGAUAACUUUCAGCAUGUUGGUCUUUUGCAGUGUUUGGGUUGCUUUUGUCCCAAGCUACCUGAGCACCAAAGGGAAAAAUAUGGUGGCUGUGGAGGUCUUCUCCAUCUUGGUCUCUAGUUUUGCCCUACUGGGUUGUAUCUUCUUCCCCAAAUGCUAUAUUAUUCUGGUGAGGCCAGAGCUGAAUAUAAGAGAAAAGCUUGUAAAGAAAAAGAAUUGAUAUCUACACAAAAUGCAAUCAUGUUUGUGAUGAAUGAUCUCAUAUCAGUUUAUAAAGGGAAAUCAGUGUCUGACAGGGAAUAAUAUUGGAUUAGUACUAUAGUGGAGUCCCCACUGGUGCAAUGGGUUAAACCCUUGUGCUGGCAGGACUGCUGACUUGAAGGUUGGGUUGCUGACCUGAAGGUUGCCGGUUUGAAUCCGGGGAGAGCGUGGAUGAGCUCCCUCUGUCAGCUCCAGCUCUCCAUGUGGGGACAUGAGAGAAGCCUCUCAUAAGGAUAGUAAAAACAUCAAAAACAUCUGGCGUCCCCUGGGCAAUGUCCCUGCAAAUGGUCAAUUCUCUACACCAGUUUCUCAAGUUGCUCCUGAUACGAAAAAGUACUAUAGUGCCUGGGAUUGAGGUGUGCUUAUUGCCAUGACCACCGUGAUGCUGAAGAAAAAUGGUUAUGGACUUCAGCACCAAUACAUUGUAAUGUCACUUGAUGGAAAAGGCAUACUAUCAUGUGUUAGGUCUGUCACCAUAUUACUUCUUUGCACGAUUCUUUGGGUAAUUUAUGUUCAGGGAGUCAAUACCUUUCAGGAGACAUGGAAAAUUACUGUUGGAUGCUUUAUGAUAUACCCUUUUCCCCUGAAAUAAGACCUAACUGGAAAACAAACCCUAGCAUCAUUUUUCAGUGUAGUAAUAAUAUAAGCCCUACCCUAAAAAUAAGCCAUGGUUAAAAUCACCAACCAAAGGGACGUAUUUAGUUUACCAGUAGUAAAUUCAUUGCAACAUGUUAUAGAUUUAUUGAAUUAUAAAAUAAUAAUACUAAUAUAUAAGUAAAAUACAUACAUUGACAUUAAUACUUAAAAUAAAUAGUAAUGCCAGUAGCUGGUUCUAUAGUUCAUUUAAACGACUUCACAAUGUUAUAUUCUUAGUAGGGCAGUCUCUCGCACUGCUGCCAAAUAUUCCAUUAAUAGGAUCCCAUCACUUCACCUGAGCGUUCCGUUUUUAUACCAGUGUGGAAGGAAAUGCAUUCAUGAUGUAUUCUGGGCUUUUAAAAAGAUCUGUUGUGGACAGUGGCAGCUCGAAUAGUAUACGCCAGAUAUUGGAAAACCUCAGAGAUUCUUCCCUUAGAAGAAUGGGAAAAAUACAUUACAGAUUUGCUGAUAAUGGAUAAAAUAACUGUACUCUUAAGAGGAAAACCUUUAGUGAAAUUUGUUGAAGAAUGGCAACCAAUAAUCCAACAUCUCAAUGUAAAAUUAAUGUAAACGUGUACAUAGGGGAAGCUAUAAGACGGUAGACAAGGAGGAAACGAAUAUUAUUUUGGAGCCUAUAAUACCUUUAUAUGUACUAUUUAAAUAGAACACUCUGACCCCUUAAUGAAAAUAUAUUAUCUGAGAAAUGAUUAUGGAAGAUUAAUAGCUGGAAAAUAUUGCACUGUAUGCAACAAACACUUGCAAAUGUAUGUCUAUUUGAACGAAUUAAAUAAAUAAAUAAAUAAAUAAAUAAGAUCUGUUGUUUUUCACAAUUCCAUCCAUCCUUGAGACAAUGCAAAACGCUCCAUGGUCAAGUAUCUAUUGCUUUCUACAUUGUGUUCCGUUAGUAUAAGGGGUCAUUGGGAUAGA